AUGCCGGUGAGCGCGACGAUGGGGGUAAUGAAGCCCCUCCUCGGCAAGCUCGCCACCCUGGCGGGCGACGAGUACAGUAAGCUCAAAGGGGUGAGGAAGCAGGCGUCCUUCCUCGAGAAGGAACUGAGCGCCAUGAACGCUGCCCUUGAGAAGAUGGAGCUUAUGGAUGAGCUCGACCCGGUGGCCAAAGACUGGAGAGACCGCGUCAGAGAGAUGUCCUACGACAUGGAUAACUGCAUUGAUGACUUCAUCCGCCAAUUUGGAGGUGCUCCUGCCAAGGCAGGCUUCAUCAAAGAGACCGUUCGACAUCUCAAGACGUUGGGACAGCGUCAUCGGAUUGCUGACCGGAUGGAGGAACUCAAGGUUCUUGCACUAGAGGCAAAUGAACGGCGCAUCAGGUACAAGAUCGAUGAGUGCAAUUCUAGUUCUAGUUUUGUGGCUAUCGAUCCUCGCAUGUCGGCGAUAUAUGUGGAUGCAGCUGGUCUUGUAGGUACUGAUGGCCCAAGGAAAGAGCUUGUCAAUUUGUUAACUGAUACCGAGAAGAAGCUCAAGGUGGUGUCCAUUGUUGGAUUCGGUGGUCUGGGUAAAACUACACUUGCAAAACAGGUGUAUGAUGAAAUCAAAGGGCGGUUCAACUGUAUGGCGUUUCUUCCCAUAUCUCAAAAACCUAAUAUGACAUGGAUUCUCAACCGUCUACAAUUAAAACUUGGGAUGCAUGGUUCUUCUAGUGCUUGUGAGUUGCAAGACCUCAUUGAGGACCUCAGAAAACAUCUCACAAAUAACAGGUACCUUAUUGUAGUUGAUGACCUGUGGGAUCAAUCAGUAUGGAAUGCUAUUAGCCGUGCCUUUCCAGAAAAUGAUAAAGGGAGUAGAGUAAUAGUAACCACUCGAGUGGAAGAUGUGGCUUCUGGGGCAUGCUGCAGUCACCCAGGGUCCAUUUACAGAAUGAACUUCCUCGACGAACAAGACUCAAAAAGGUUAUUUUAUAAUAGAAUAUAUGGAUCUGAAGAUGACUGUCCAUCCCGAUUUGAAGAUAUUUCAGCUGAAAUUCUGAAGAAGUGUGGUGGACUCCCACUUGCAAUCAUUACUAUAUCUAGCCUAUUAGCCAGUCGUCCUGAAAUGGACGAGUGGGAGGCCAUAAGGAAUUCUCUGGGCACCCAGUUUGCAAUAAAUCCCACAACGGAAGGGAUAAAGAGUAUAUUAAACCUUAGUUAUAUGCAUCUUCCUCUUCAUCUCCGGGCAUGUUUUCUGCACGUUGGUAUGUAUCCAGAAGACCGUGAGAUAGAGAGGGAUGAUUUGGUUCGUCAAUGGGUUGCAGAAGGCUUCAUCAAUAAUUUGUAUGGGCAAGAUAUGGAGGUUGCUGCGAAGAGCUAUUUCAAUGAACUUAUCAACAGAAGCUUGAUUCAGCCUGAACGUACUGAUCAUGGAGAGUUGUUAUCAUGCAGAGUACAUGUCUACAUGAUAUGA